AUGACGACCGCCACCGCCACCGCCACCGCCAUCGUCGCCGGGCAUGGCCUCGCCCUGCGCCGGAGCCACCCCCUCCCUAACCCGCCAGGGCGAGCCACCACGUCGGUCUCCCUCCCCGCGCGCCCCGUCACUCCAGCCCGCUGCAUGAUUGUUCCGGCUAGCCCGUCGCCACGGUCGCGCCGGUGCCGCUCCAUCUCCUCCGAGAGCUCCACCGCCGCAUCCGCCGCGGCCGACAUCACCGACGAAGAAGUCAAGCCCGAGGACGAGGUGGACCCGCAGGCGGAGGUGUGCUACCUGGACCCCGACGCGGACCCGGAGUCGAUCCGGGAGUGGGAGCUGGACUUCUGCUCGCGGCCGAUCCUGGACGCGCGCGGCAAGAAGGUGUGGGAGCUCGUGGUCUGCGACGCCACGCUGUCGCUCCAGUUCACGCGCUACUUCCCCAACAACGCCAUCAACAGCGUGACGCUCCGCGACGCGCUGUCGUCCGUGUCCGAGGCGCUGGGCGUGCCCAUGCCCGACCGCGUCCGCUUCUUCCGGUCCCAGAUGCAGACCAUCAUCACCCGCGCCUGCGGCGAGCUGGGCGUGAAGGCCGUGCCGAGCCGGCGGUGCGUGUCGCUGCUGCUGUGGCUGGGGGAGCGGUACGAGGUGGUGUACAGCCGACACCCGGGGUUCCAGGCCGGCACCCGCCCGCUGCUGGCGCUCGACAACCCGUUCCCAACCACGCUCCCCGAGAACCUCUUCGGCGACAAGUGGGCGUUCGUGCAGCUCCCGUUCUCCGCUGUGAGAGAGGAGGUGGAGUCACUGGGGAGGAGGUACGCAUUCGGUGCGGGGCUGGAUUUGGAUCUGCUGGGGUUCGAGCUUGAUGACAGCACGCUAGUCCCUGGUGUCGCCGUGGAAUCAUCUCGCGCCAAGCCUCUAGCCGCGUGGAUGAACGGUCUGGAGAUCAGCGCGAUGGAGGUGGACACAGGCAGGGCGAGCCUGAUCCUGUCGGCGGGGGUCUCGACGCGGUACAUCUACUCCGGGUACCAGAAGACCCCCGCGGCGACGCAGGAGGCGGAGGCCUGGGAGGCGGCCAAGAAGGCCAGCGGCGGCCUCCACUUCCUGGCCAUCCAGGAGAGCCUCAACUCCGACGGCUGCGUGGGAUUCUGGCUCCUGCUGGACCUGCCCCCGCCUCCUGUAUGA